UGCAGAAGAUUAUGCAGGCAUCUACGGCGAAGGCCCGGCCUUACGCCCCCAGACGCCCCUUCCAUGGUGAGGCGCGCGCGUCACGUCAAGUGAAGGAGGACCGGUAGGGUCACGCUGGACGACCUGGGUCGGGCUGCUCGGCGGAGUCUGGCCAUGGUUCCGAAGCUGGCACUUUCAGAAGCCUGGGCGACGCUGCAGUCCCCCAACGUCGACUUUUCGGCCGACCUGGCGUCCCUUUCCCUACACUCACUUUUCAGCCGCAACUCCGGGAUCUCGCGCACCUUCAUGCCACACAGCACAGCCUCUGGACUCCACAGUGCGCCGGCAACGCUCCCUUUCGAUUUCAGUGGCGGGCAGGCUGAUCAGCCAUGGUGAAUGUCAAGAAUGUCGCCUUCAAAGUCAACAAGCAGACGCCGGUCUCCCAGACACCCCCCCAGGCAUAUGGAACCGUCAUCAACUGCCGGAAACCAGGCGGCAAGCGGGCGUUCAAGGAGAUGAAGGAGGUGCGGUCGCAUUCCGUGCCGUUGACCAACGUCUCCGGGUCCAAGAAGCGCAAGCGCGACGACCGCAAGAGCGAGGGACUCCAGAGCCAGAUCGAAUUUAUUACAUCGUCACCAGCGAACGCACAGGCUGCGCUUGCAGCGUUGCGACGGAAUGACCAGCCGCUCAUCACCCAGAAAAUGAAACAGGUCAAACCGACACGGUUCAGGAAGGGCAAAGUCUUGGAGAAGGGGUUCGACCUGGAUACGUGGUUCACCAUUCUCACAUUCUCGGACCCUGCACAACUGCUGGAGAUGCGCCAGAGGAUCCCGUCGUGUUAUCGCUUUCUAAGGAACAAUCCCAUGCUUUGGGUCCACAGCCGCAACAACCACUAUGGUGACGACAUGCCGGAGCCCCCAUCCGAUCUGGACGAAUUUCAGUAUGCGCAUCUCCGACACGGUCACGGCUGCAUGAGCUGCGGCGCGCCCAGUACACGCAAGACGUACUGGGCCUUCCUCCGCCGCUGGUGCAAGACCUGCCUGCAAUCAAAGACGGUCAAAGAGCACGAUGCGUUGAUCAUCAUGCGUAAUGCCGGUGUCGACGACGUCAGCUUUCUUCGCAAAUGUCUUCCAUCCGGCGUGUUCGAUUCCUGGGGUAAUUUUGUUGGUGUUGGACCGGCCAGUACGCAUUCGCUCAAGACGAUCUACCUCCUGUCAGAAGUGCAGAAGCUAGAGGCCGAGGUUCGCGACGCUGCCGCGCUUCAUCCUGAAACAUGGUCCGCCGAAGUGCGGUCCCGCAUGGCGCAAAAGUUCGUUCAUGUCGACGAGCGCCGCGCUUUCGCACGCAAGAUGGAGCUCUGGGAGGAGGCGACGCGCAGCAACAAGGCGAAUGAUUACUCGGCGAAGAAGGCCGCGCGCAAAGCGUACUUCGAGCACAAGGCGUCGCAGCUGGACUUGCCAAUUAGCUUGAAGGAAAUGGAGGGCUGCCCUUCCUACCGCCGCGCCAUCGCGAUCCCCAAGGAUCCCAACAACACUUCCUGGCAACAACUCAAACCCAAGCUCGAGAAGGAAGCUGCCGAGCUCAGACUUGGGCGCUGCACGCCAGAGUCACGUCUAGGCACGACGUCUGCAUCAGCUUCCGGCACCUCGACCCCGAUCGGUAUGCACACCCCGCAGCCGUACGUGCAUCCGCUGUCAGGAAUGCCGAUUAUUCACCUGCCGCUGCCUCCGCCUCACCAUCAGCACUAUACCCAUCCGCAUCCGCAUCCUCAUCUCUCUCAUCAGCACAUGCAUCCGCACCCGCAUCCGCCACCGUAUUGAUUCUUCGUAUUGAUUUUUCGUAUUUAUUCUUCGCAAUUUUUUCGCUUGUUUCUGUUGAUCGUUUUCGUCGCAUAAUCAGGUACGGAGUUUGUGAUUCAUAGCUUCGGCGCUCUUAGACUUGAAUACAGCAUGCAUGGCGCUCGGGGAGUAGGUAUUGGCUCAAAAUCUGGAGUAAUGUAGCUUGGUAAUUGGGUGGAAGGACUUCUAUAUCACGGGUGCUAGGCCGUAUCAAUACAGAGUAUUUACCUCGA